CCCCCUAUCCCGGCUCCUCCUCUGCCGGCCGACCUCCUCGGUGCACCGAGCCGUUUUCCAAAAGAAAACUUUGUGUGCCGGCUUCCUGAAACUUCCGUGGAGCCGAUGGAGGGAGACGCGUAAGAUAUGAAAUAUAAAACAACAUGGUACUGAUGACCGAGCAGGCGGACAGACCUCUGACGCCGUUAUCCCCAGCGGAGCAACUUUCCUACUCCCGAGGGAAUCGGUCGACGGCUGAUGUGGAUCAUGGAGGAGAGAGGAAGCAUGGAGGGUCCCCUGCAAACCCUCAGUGUGUGGAGUCAGAGGCAGACCCCCCAGAGAGCAGGAAGAAACCAGCCAGCAUGAGAUUGAAACCUGUGGAGCUGCUUUCACCAGUGCUGACUCCGAAUGACUGUGAAACAAAGUUUGAAAGGAAGAAAUCCCAGCCCAGCCCCUUAUCAAAGACAAACGUGCAUUAUCAUAAGUUAUUCAAGGAGAUCAGCAAAGAUGAGCUCCUCAAACAAAGCUACACGUGUGCCCUGCAGAGAGACAUUUUGUAUCAGGGCAAAAUGUUCGUGUCUGAUAACUGGGUCUGUUUCCACUCCAAAGUCUUUGGCAGAGAUACAAAGAUUUCAAUCCCUGCGGUUACUGUGACGUUUAUCAAAAAAACUAAAACGGCGUUAUUAGUGCCAAACGCUCUGGUGAUCGAAACAACAAUUGAUCAGCAUGUGUUCGUGUCCUUCCUCUCUCGAAACUCCACCUACAAAAUCCUGAAGUCCAUCUGCAUUCAUUUAGAGCUGGAUAAGACUUGUAGCAGCUCCGUUAUUUCCUCCUGUGAAAACAGCGUCAGAGGGAAAUGCCCAUCGUCGCUUCCUCUGGACUUUUCUGCAGACUUCUCGGACCUCGAUGGGAUUGUGCAACAAAGACGUCAGGAGAUGAUGAAGAGCAGCAGCUCCUGGUCUCAAACUCCAGAUUAUGACAACAUAACUGACUUCAGCAGCCUCCCGGACACAUUUCUGUGUAGUGCGGUGAAGAGCCGAGAGGUUUCAGUCCACGCUGACGUUCACCUUCAGACUCCAAGCCAAACGCACGGAGCGGCCCCGAAGAACGGGUCGACUAAGCUCAAAGACAAAUCCUCACAGCCCCUGUCGUUACACACCAUCCUCCUCAUCUAUUUGUUCUUAGUUAGUGUUCUCGUCUUGUCCUCCUGUUACAUGGCUUUCAAGAUUGUGGCUCUUGAGCAUCGUUUGAACUCCUUGGUGUCCAUCGGCGAACACAUUCGUAAUGAAGACGCUGUGAGCCACAGGCCCCGGGAUGAAGUGAAUGCUGAAAUGUAUGGAGAACUGUCGUCUAACUUGUUCAAGCUGGAAAAGAUUCAAAGAAGCCUGCGGAAGCUACUUGAAGAGACUUAAAAGAAGACUUUCGUCUGCCCGGACAGAAAUUGUAUUUUUUUUAUUAGAGAUGUUGGUUUAUCACUGAAGAUCAGCAGUGAUCAUAUUUGGUAAUAGAUUUGUUGCCAAAGCACGGACAGCUCAUACAGAAAGCUUUCUUGAAGCUGUGUGAACUUUUACUGAAAUUGUGCAAUAAUAGCUUAUUUUCCUCUUUCCACUCAGGACUAUUUUAUUACUUUUUCUUAACUAAAUGUUAUGCUGGAGGGUAACUGAAGUUUAUUUUGCAUUUCACAAUAGAAAUAUUUUUCAAACAUUUCUUAAAAGGUCAAUCUUUGCUGUUUUUUAGAAGUUUUUUUGUUAGAAUUAAGUUGUAUGUAUGUGUGUGUAUAUAUAGAUAUGGAUAGGGAUGUUUGUACAACGACAUUUAUAGGAAAAUUCUCUCUUACAGUGUGUAGUACCUAAAGAUAGAAAUGGGGCUGUCGGAGGCUUAUGUACGGUGGCCCUGAAGGUCAAAACAUGACAUUUCACAAAACACACACAAAAAAAUUAAAACACGACAUUUCACAAAGAACUAAAACAUUUUAAAAAAACACGGCAUUUCACAAAACACAUCAAGAUUAACUCAAAGCAGAAACGGUCGGUACGCGUUGGACGAUUCCUUGUUGCUGAUUGGAUGCACUCUCUUCUCUGUCAGGCUGCCACAAAUGGAAAUACUUCCUCAUCAUGCCUCGUGCCAGACUUUGUGGUAUAUGAACAGAAUCAAACGACGGAAAAAGAAAAACCUGUCCCCGACAAAACGCCUGCCUGCAUGAAGAAGAAGUAUUUCCGUUUGUGGCGUCCAAUCAGCGACAAGGAAUCAUUGUCCAAUACGUACCUACCUUUUUCUAGAUGUUUUUGU